CUCCGGCUAGCAGCCAUGGGCCCUGGCGCCCGCCGCGCGCCCGGCGCCCCGCGCCCGCUGCUCUGCGCGCUCGCUUUGAUGGUGGCGGCCGGCGGCCGCGUCGCCUCCGCCUUCAACCUGGACACCCGAUUCCUUGUGGUAAAGGAGGCCAAGAACCCGAGCAGCCUCUUCGGCUACUCGGUCGCCCUCCACCGGCAGACCGAGCGGCAGCAACGCUACCUGCUUCUGGCCGGUGCGCCCCAGGACCUUGCUGCACCCGAUGGCUACACCAACCGGACCGGUGCUGUGUACCUGUGCCCACUCACUGCCUCCAAGAACGACUGUGAACGGAUGGACAUCGUGGAGAAAAGUGACCCUACCCAUCACAUUAUUGAGGACAUGUGGCUCGGGGUGACCGUGGCCAGCCAGGGCCCUGCAGGCAGAGUCCUGGUCUGCGCCCACCGCUACACUCAGGUGCUGUGGUCAGGGUCGGAGGACCAGCGGCGCAUGGUGGGCAAGUGCUAUGUGCGCGGCAAUGACCUUGAACUGGACCCCAGUGAUGACUGGCAGACCUAUCACAACGAGAUGUGCAACAGCAACACCGAUUACCUGGAGACCGGCAUGUGCCAGCUGGGCACCAGCGGCGGCUUCACCCAGAACACUGUGUACUUCGGGGCCCCGGGGGCCUACAACUGGAAAGGAAACAGCUACAUGAUCCAGCGGAAGGACUGGGAUUUAUCUGAGUACAGUUACAAGGACCCAGAGGACAAAGGAAACCUCUAUAUCGGGUACACGGUGCAGGUGGGCAGUGCCAUUCUGCACCCCACGGCCAUCACCAUUGUGACAGGUGCCCCGCGGCACCGACACAUGGGCGCCGUCUUCUUGCUGAGCCAGGAGGCAGGCGGAGACCUGCGGAGGAGGCAGGUGCUGGAGGGCACGCAGGUGGGCGCCUACUUUGGCAGUGCCAUUGCCCUGGCAGACCUGAACAACGAUGGGUGGCAGGACCUCUUGGUGGGUGCUCCCUACUACUUCGAGCGGAAGGAGGAGAUAGGGGGCGCCGUCUACGUCUUCAUGAACCAGGCAGGCACUUCCUUCCCUGCCCACCCCUCCCUCCUUCUUCACGGCCCCAGUCGCUCUGCCUUCGGCUUCUCCGUGGCCAGCAUUGGUGACAUCAACCAGGAUGGAUUCCAGGACAUUGCUGUGGGAGCCCCGUUCGAGGGCUUGGGCAAAGUGUACAUCUACCACAGCAGCUCCGGGGGGCUCCUCCGACAGCCCCAGCAGGUAAUCCAUGGAGAGAACCUGGGACUGCCCGGCUUGUCCACCUUUGGCUACUCCCUGAGUGGGAAGAUGGAUGUGGACGAGAACUUCUACCCAGACCUGCUAGUGGGGAGCCUGUCGGACCGCAUCGUGCUGCUGCGGGCCCGGCCUGUCAUCAACAUCCUCCACCGGACCUUGGUGGCCAGGCCAGCGGUGUUGGACCCCGCGCUCUGCACAGCCACCUCCUGUGUGCAGGUGGAGCUGUGCUUUGCUUACAACCAGAGUGCUGGGAACCCCGACUACAGGCGAAACAUCACCCUGGCCUACACGCUGGAGGCCGAUCGGGACCGCCGCCCGCCUCGGCUUCGCUUUGCCCGCAGCCAGUCAGCUGUCCUCCACGGCUCCUUCUCCAUGCCCGACACGCGCUGCCAGACGCUGGAGCUGCUCCUGAUGGACAACGUCCGCGACAAACUCCGCCCCAUCGUUAUCUCCAUGAACUACUCGUUACCCCUGCGGAUGCCGGAGCGCCCACGCCUGGGGCUGCGGUCCCUGGACGCCUACCCCGUCCUCAACCAGGCGCAGACUCUGGAGAACCACACGGAGGUCCAGUUCCAGAAGGAGUGCGGGCCGGAUAACAAGUGCGACAGCAACUUGCAGAUGCGGGCGGCCUUCGUUUCCGAACUGGGGCUGCCGAUGAGCAGGCUCCAGUACAGCAGGGACGUCCGCAGACUGCUCCUGAGCAUCAACGUGACCAACGCCCCGAGCCGGGAGCGGGCCGGAGAGGACGCCCACGAGGCGCUGCUCACGCUGGAGGUGCCGCCCGCCCUGCUGCUGUCUUCAGUGCGCCCGGCGGGGACCUGCCAGGCUAAUGAGACCAUCUUGUGCGAGCUGGGGAACCCCUUCAAGCGGAACCAGAGGAUGGAGCUGCUCAUCGCCUUCGAAGUCAUCGGGGUGACCCUGCACACACGGGACCUCCAGGUGCAGCUGCAACUCUCCACGUCGAGUCACCAGGACAACCUGCGGCCCGUGACCCUCAGUCUGCUGGUAGACUACACACUCCAGGCCUCGCUCAGCAUGAUGAAUCACCGGCUACAAAGCUUCUUUGGGGGGACAGUGAUGGGGGAGGCUGGCAUGAAAACUGCAGAAGACGUGGGAAGUCCCCUCAAGUAUGAAUUCCAGGUGGGCCCAAUGGGAGAGGGGCUGGCGGCCCUGGGGACCCUCAUCCUGGGUCUGGAGUGGCCCUAUGAAGUCACCAAUGGCAAAUGGCUGCUGUACCCCACCGAGAUCACCAUCCAUGGCAAUGGGUCUUGGCCCUGCCAGCCACCUGGAGACCUCAUAAACCCACUCAACCUCACUCUCUCCGACCCUGGGGACAGGCCACCCUCUCCACAGCGCAGACGGCGGCAGCUGGACCCGGGGGGAGAUCAGGGGCCCCCGCCCAUCACUCUGGCUGCUGCCAAAAAAGCCAAGUCGGAGACUCUGCUGACCUGUGCCAAUGGCCGUGCCCGCUGUGUGUGGCUGGAGUGCCCCAUUCCUGAUGCCCCCAAUGUCACCAACGUAACCGUGAAGGCACGGGUGUGGAACAGCACGUUCAUUGAGGAUUACAGAGACUUUGACCGGGUCAGGGUGGAUGGCUGGGCCACCCUGUUCCUGCGAACCAGCGUUGCCACCAUCAACAUGGAGAACAAGACCACAUGGUUCUCCGUGGACAUCGACUCGGAACUGGUGGAGGAGCUGCCCGCCGAGAUCGAGCUGUGGCUGGUGCUUGUGGCCGUGGGCGCGGGGCUGCUGCUGUUGGGGCUGAUCAUCCUGUUACUGUGGAAGUGCGGCUUCUUCAAGCGAGCCCGCACUCGCGCCCUGUAUGAAGCUAAGAGGCAGAAGGCGGAGAUGAAGAGCCAGCCGUCAGAGACGGAGAGGCUGACCGACGACUACUGAGGGGGGCAGCCCCCGCCCCCGGCCCACCCGGUGUGACUUCUUCAAGCGGACAGGCUACUACCGGAUCAUGCCCAAGUACCACGCGGUGCGGAUCCGGGAGGAAGAGCGCUACCCGCCUCCUGGGAGCACCCUGCCCACCAAGAAGCACUGGGUGACCAGCUGGCAGACUCGGGACCGAUACUACUGAUGCCCUCCCCCUGCCCACUGCCAGGGCCCCCUUCCCUCCUAUUUAUCAUGAGUUAUGCCCCUGGCUGGCUGCAGGCCACUGCUCAUGGCUGACCCACAGGAGGCCUGGGCCCCGGACCUUGCAGCACCAAGCACCCUGCAGCCCUGCGCCCUGGACACAGGUGGGGCCUGCUGUUGCGGCCCAUGCCUCUGCAUUGCGGAGGCCACAUGGACCUGCCCUGUCCCGGCCUCCACCUGUGCCAAAACCAAGCACCACCUCCACGUGGUGGUGACCCCUCCCCCACUCACACUGGAUCCAUCCUGGGCCACUGUCACUGGAGGGACUUGGCUGUCCAGAGGAAAACUACUGACAGGGAGCAGCGUGCUGGGACCCGUGCAUUGCUGGACCUGGCCAUGGAACUGCAAGGAAGGUCCUGGCAGGGCUUUCCCGGGCCACCAGCUAGGCCAGCAGGUGAAGCGGGGGUACAGAGGAAAUGCCACUACUGAACUGCCACCCCGUCUGGGUCCCGGACACAGCUGGCCUGGAAAGACUGCAGUCCAGGAGGGAGGGAGCAAUGCCGGAAUGGAGACCCGGCCGCUCAGGCCCCACACUGCCUCCUUCCCCGGGUCCAGGGCCUGGAGUGCUGCUCCUGGCUGCCCUUGGCCUUCAGAGCCUGGCUGACUCUGCCUCCACAGGCUGCAGCCCAGGCUGGUAAUCCGCCCCGCCCCCUCCCAGUCCACGGUACUGUAGCAGGGGAGCUCCUCCCCCUCCUCGUGCCUUCUUUGUACAGAGGCUUCUCAUGGUGACCAAUAAACAGCUCCCUGUUUGUACG